AUGGAUGUGGCUUACCUACUGGGCUCUGUCUUCCUCAGUCUCCCCAGAGCGGACCAGAAGCCCAUUCUGAGGCCGUGGAGGAGCCAGUGGUGCAGCCUGUUGAGCAGGAGAACCUGGAAGAACCUGGAAGCCCUCUGUGCCCAGCUCAGGUCUGUGGGGAGCUGGGCACAGAGGUGGCAGGAGGGCUGGAGAAAUGCUUCUUUCCCUGCUGGGAGGAGACCGAACCCCCAGCCAAUGCCCCAGGGUGUGGGGGGACCCAAGCUCUUGGGCUGCCAGCCGCGUGUCACUUUGGUCACCAUGACACCUUCUCUGCCAAAGCCAUCUUCUUCAGAGUCAAAGCAGGACCUGCAACCAGAACCCACGGUCAAGUUCCUGUUUACACUCCUGAGCUCGGUGGAGCCCUCUGAGCCCAAAGACCCUCAAGCGGAAUUUGAGGCCCUGGAGAGCCGGUUCCUGGAUGAGGAAGACUGGGGCAGCCGGCAAACCUCAGAGGAAAUUAGCCACUUGCAGGACGCUUGCAUGAGACUUCAGGAGUCCAUGAGCACUAUUCAAGCAGACAAUGUGGCCCUGAAGGAGAAGCUGCAAAACCUGCCCGACUUGGUGUACAACAUCCUAGUGGAGGAACUGAAGGCUGCCCAGGAGGAAGACCAGGACGCCCAGGAGGAAGAGCAGGCCGGCCACGAAACAUGGCUGUUCCAGGUGGACAGGCAGCCCCACGGCGAGUGGUGA